AUGGCGUUAAUAACGAACCCAUGGAAAAAAAACGUAGGAAGCGCACGUGAAUGGGAAGACAGACUUAGGGUAGGACACUUGGACAGGGGUAGCAAAAGUAAACGACUUUUUUUCGAGAGGAAUGGAAUAAACGUCCCACAAGACGUUGCCAUGUUUGGAAAGACGAAUGUAUACUAUGUGAGGGAGAGUGUGUACGAUCGGGGCAAAAAUAAUUUAGUGCCAAAUGAGGUGCACUCUGAGGAGAUUGAGGAGUUAGAGCAGGGGGAGGAAGGCAUGGGGGGGGCAAGUGACAACGGCGCAGUCGAGGGGGGGGACUUGCAAAGCGGCGAGGAGGGCGCAUCCUUGGUGGACAUGAAAAGUGCGAUGGGCGAAUAUGGGCGCAAAAUGGGGGAGGCCAAAAUGGGGGAGACCAAAACGGGAGAGGCCCAAACGGGGGAGGCCAAAACGGGACCCCCAGGUGCCAGGGAGAACGUCUUCAAAUAUAUCAAUCGAGAGCGAGACUACAUCGCUCGAGUGGGGAACUCUCCCAAGGUGGACGUAUACGAAAGGAGGUACCGAGCGGAUGAGCAAAAACUGCAACGCAUGUUCGAAAAUAUUAAUGAAGUGAACAUACAGCUAUUGAAAGACGUCAAGAGUAUAGACGAGAAGGAAAAACUCAUAAAUAAAAAGGUGAUAGAAAAAGUGAGGGAAGAUAUUAAAAGGUUCCAAGAAAGGGAUGAAAUUUUGGACAUCCAUGGGAAUAUUAUCCAUCCAUCUGAGAGUUCCUCCUCUAGUAGUAGCGAAAGAGGAAAAAGGAAGGAUGACGCGAAACAGAAAAAUGACCCACUUGCAGAUAUGGAUGAAGAGGAAAAAAACGAAGUUAUUAAAAAGAUGUAUAUGGUUGAAAAAAAAACGGAUAAAUAUUUAGAAGAAAAUGUGUACUUGGUAAUUCAGACAUGGCUUCCCGACAUGAGAAUUGAUGACACACUCAUCGUAAUCGAUAACGUAGAAAAAUUUUACAACGAUUUUGACAUAAAUAAAUAUCAUGAGAAAUUUAAUCAAGCAAAGGAUAAUAACUUUGCAUACGAUUUGGAUUCUCACAUAAUUGAAAAUGUCCCAAAUAAUAUUAAUGAUGAUCCCCAAGUGGAAUGUGAACAUAUUCACUCGUACAAUAGUACGUACAACAAAUUAAACAGUUACAAUUUGAAGAGAUAUACUUAUACGUACACUACGAACGAUAAUAUGGACACAAAAUUUACGAAGAAUGAGCCGUUGCCUCCUGUUGUGAUAAUUAACACAAAAAAAAAUUUAAUGAUUCAAGAAUGGGAAUGCAAAAAUUUUAAAAAUAGGCAGAAAAGAAACAAAUCUCGAGAAUAUACUCGGAUACAGAGGGCAUUUCGCCCGUUUUCGUAUGUCGACUUGAGUGACAUCACAUGCAUUUAUAAAAAUAAUUUUCUCCAAUUGAAGAUGAAAAUGUGCCAUCGGAAGUAUAAGGAUGAUGUGUACCCGUUUUUUGUUCCCAUUAAUAAAACCCCGGAUGAACUCCUUGAUUUCCAGGGGUAUAAAAAAAAUGGCGAUUAUGCUUGGUCCUUUUUUUGGCACCAUUUUAAAUAUGACCAGGACACGGACUAUGGCUUCCUGAACAGAAACGUAAAACUGAACCUCACGGAAACGAAAUUUGAAAACGUGAACAAGAAGAAGUCCAAGAAAAUUAUGCGCAAAAUUUUGAAGGAAACCAAGGGGGUCUGA